GUACAUACAUACACGUAUGGACGGACGGCCAACACAAAAAUAUCAAAACACAUAAAAGGUCAGUUUUGGCAAUUUAUUAAAAACAAAAUAACACACAAAUCACAAAUUAAAAAAUAUAUAGCGGCUCUCAGUGUUCUUCGUUUGGUUGUGGCAUUUAUUUUAUUGAAAAUUUGAUAAAAUAUUCCAACCAAAUGAAGAUCAAAACGAAAUAACAAAAGAAAAUAAUAACCAAAUUGCAAAGUGACAAUUAAAGUACAUAAAGACUCAAAUAAAACAAAAACUAAUUAAAUUAACAGGGUGACCCGUGUAAAAAUAAAAAUAAUUAAUUAAAUUUUAAUGUGCAAAAAAUUGACCCCAAAAUCAUUAGAAGUUGUGACUCUAACGACACAAAGCUACAAAAAUUGCAAAAGGCGCCAACACACAAUUCUGGACCCAAGCCAAGCGCCCACCUACACACACACACACAUACACACACAUCAAAAAAGAAGCUUCAAAAUAAUGGCCGGAUAUUUACCUCGCCCAGAGUCCCCACGACCCGCCAGACCCACACGCCCUCGCUUCGACCCACGGGAACCCAGGUAUCGCCCCGCAUCUUGGCAGUAUGCCUGUGGCCUCUGCCAGGAGGACCACGCCAUACGGUCAUGCCCGCGGUUCCGGCAAAUGACACCGUAUCAGAGAUACGAGACAGUUGAGAGACGGAGUUACUGUCGGAACUGUCUGGCGCGCAGCCAUCUGGCCCCAGACUGCCCCGUGGUCACUGCCUGCCGAACAUGCGACUACCGCCAUCACACAAUGCUGCAUGGAGCCCCACAGCUUAGGGAGACAUACGGCAGCUACAGCCCGCCCCCAAUGGAGAUUGCCAACCCACGGCAACUUGCAAUCGAACCAGCCAACCAGAUGCCCAUCGUCCAAGGCCCUCCCCCGGUCGAGAUACCUUACAGCCGGGCCACUGUUUUUGUACCCACGGCGAUGGUGGAAUUGGCACCCGAGGAGCAGGACGAUUGGGCUGGGGUACGGGUACUUUUGUGCCAGGCAUCGACCAUCACCCGAAUCGCGGCAGCCACAGUAACUCGCCUGGGGAUACCAACGAGAGAGCGCAGAGGGCACCGUCUGGCAACAAUAAGACUUCGGUCAAGGCAUGCGUCGAGGAGGACCAUGUAUACCAUCCGGGCAGUGGUGACCCGGGAUUUGCCGCGACGACCCUAUUCAGAUCCCAUCAUUCCCGACCCCACAAGCAGCCUAAGAUCCCUUUCUUUGGCAGAUGCUGACCCUAGGGGCAACGAACCAAUCGAUGUAGAGGUAGGGGCCGAUGCCUACGCCCACCUCCGGAGGAGUGGUGUUGUACAACCCGGAUUGGGAGCCGUCUUCGCCCAGGAGACAGAUUGGGGAUACGUGUUCGUCGGCCCAGUCACCUCACAGGCAAGAAACCAAAAUUAAAAAGGUAAGAUGUCACUUCGUCACUUGGAGGGGGAGAAUGUUCAAAGUACGUUUGAACAUGAAGUCAUGUGCACCCAUGUGCAGACAUGCGUUCACGUAUGCACAUGACCCACUGUGCAUAACGGUACAUUGAAGUAAGUUCUUAAUCGCUGAUUCCGCCUUGACUUCAUAUUUGUUUACCUGGAAUUGUUGCUUGUAGCUUGGAAAGUUGACCGUUUUCGCGGGGUCCAAGUGACAAGCAACAACCAAAAAAAGAUCAGUCUCGCUUUUAAAUCUCAAACCCGCGCAUCGUAUUCUCUCCCCCUCAAAGUGAACCCAAGUGAAGUGAAAAGCAAAAAAGUGAUCUUACAUAUAUACAUAUAAACAAUCGUUAAAGAAAAGAACAUUACAAACAGUGAAACAAAAAUUAACAAACUCAAUUUUCAGACGUGAAGAAGACACUAAGAUACAACAUAAACCCACAAGAAGACCCAAAAUCAACACAACACAUGGUUAAACCAUCAAAGUGCGGGACACCAAAAAUAAACACAAGUGCGGGCCACUCUACACACCAUCAACCAAUUCCUAUAUCCUUAGACCCAAAAUCAAAAUGUGAAAUAACCUACUUACCCUCUAAAAUUAAAUUUUCCUACUUAAAGCUAAAGUUAAAAUUUCCUAUCCAAAACUAAAAGUAAAAUUCGCUACUUAAACUAAGAAUAAAUUGUGCUACUUCAUCCUAAAAGAAAUUAACU